ACCACUUCCACAACAACAAGAAGAAGAAGCUGAAAACAAGGAAGUGAAGGAAAGAAGCAGCCGUAAGGUUUUUUAAAGGCCGUGACAGAGAUAUAUGAACGCGGAGCUCCUCCUUUUAUUCUGAUAUUCUUCCAGCCUCCAGAUCAUCACACAACAAUGAACAACAAAGGUUCAUAUCCUCAGCAGUCUGUGUACCCUCAGCAGAGCACUGCACCUGGAUACCCUCCUGCUAUGCAAAUGUCUCCCCAGGCUCCUCCUUACACAGACACACCACCUGCAUAUUCUGAGAUAUACCAGCCCAGAUAUGUGCUUCCACACCAGGUGCCCGGCCAGGUGGCGCAGAUGUCCUCCCACUACCCCGGCGCUCAGAUGUUUAUGCCCAUGCAGCCCCAUAUGCAGGUCGGGCAGAUGGGCCAGAACGUCCCCAUGGCCUACUACCCCAUGGGAGCCGUGUACCCCCCCGGCUCCACAGUGAUGGUGGAGGGAGGCUAUGAUGCUGGUGCUCGGUUCACAGCAAGCAGCGGUGUCUCCAUCCCACCCCCCCCUCCUGGACACCCCCCCAACGCGGCUCAGCUGGCCGCCAUGCAGGGGGCCAACGUGGUAAUGGCACAGCGCAAGAACAACUUCUUCCUGGGGGGUUCCAAUGGAGGUUAUACCAUCUGGUAACACCGACUCCUUCAUGCCUAAACCGAGCCUCCCCCUGACCCAAUUGAUGCCCCCGUUCUCCCCCACCCCAUACGCCUCCCUCCCCACCCCAUACGCCUCCCUCUUCAGGCUGCUUGGCCAUGCCACAAUACUGAUAUCACCUAACGGAAUGUAAUAUGUAGAGCCCUCAGAGAGGUACAGUACUCCACUUCUGACCUAGAGAUCCCACCACGACAGCCUGGAGACGACUGACGCUAAAUUUCUAACGCCGUAGAUUUCAUUCCAUGAUCCUCGCGGGGCCGCCCCUCUCAUUCCCGGGCGGACUCUCUCAGGCGUCUGUUUCCUCCGAUCGAACGGAUCACAAAUCACAUCGAGAUGUUCGUGUAACCGCUACGUAAAACGAAAUAUUGAAAUAUCAGAUCCGCUUCACAUAGUUUAGCUGCUUUAUGGUGAACGUGGAAUGCAGUUACGGAGUUGCACUUAAUGCACGAAAAAAAAAUCCAUUUGUCCUUUUUUUUGUUGAGAACUUCUAGUGUAGUUUAAUUAAUACAUGUGUAAUAGUUACAUGUAAAUACCAGUAUGAUGAGAAGUGACAUCUCUGCUAUACGGCUAAAAAAAAAAAGCGUCCUGGAUGCUUUUAGCUAGAAUCGUCUUGUUUGCACAAUGUCCAAAAUAUCUCCGCUGAAUUGAGUCCAUCUGAUGGAUUGUGAAUCUAUACAUUUUAAAAUAAGCAAAUGAUUAAAGAAAAAAGAUUUCAUGCAAUAUCCAAAGUGGUUUACUGUACCUUGUUGGGCGAUUUGUAGAUGAACAUAGUCGGGUGCCAAAGAGCACCGGGGGUAGCCCUAACGUAAAUUAACUUCAGUAAACUUAAA